AUGGUGGUGGUUCAGCAUGUUCCUCGAAAGGGUGGUGGCUCCUUUGGUUCCAAUACUUCGGGUGUGAUUGUCAUUUUGGUGCUUUUGAAUCUGCUCUUUUUCCAAUUGGGACGAAACUACGGAGCCCAAGAAGCUCCCUUGUCCUUGUCUGCCACGAGCUCGUCGUUGUUGUCCUUUGGCACUUCUUCUACAGAACAAGAUCCACUUCGACCCCAAUCGGGAUCCGCAGCGCCACUGCCUUCCUUACGAGCUCUGCAAGCCAAUGCCGUGGCACAAGCCAAAAAGAAUUCGAUUUACGGGGGACACGGGGAUGGUCAACACUUGGGUGGCUGGACGGAGAUUGAUAUCAACGGCUUGUCGCCGUUUUUGUGGAGACACAUGAUGACCAAAUUUGGAAUCCAUUCCAUUAUUGAUGUUGGAUGUGGACGGGGGAUCAGUACCACAUGGUUCCUCAUGAAUGGAAUGGAUGCACUCUGUGUGGAAGGAUCCCAUGACGCUUACCUAAACUCGGUGUUGCCCAACAAAGAACAGCAAAUGGUCGAACACGAUUUUAGCAGAGGACCCUAUUGGCCACAAAAGACAUAUGAUGCUGUCUGGUGUGUAGAGUUCCUAGAACAUGUUGGAAGAAACUUUCACAAGAAUUAUCUGCCUGUCUUUCGAAAGGCAGCCAUGCUCUUUGUCACUCAUUCGACUUGGGGAGGUUGGCACCACGUCGAAAUUCACACGGACGACUGGUGGAUCCACAAGUUUGAGCUAUACGGGUUCAAGUACAUGCCCGAACUCACCAUUGAAGUUCGAGAAACGGCACGACAAGAAGCCAUGCAAGGACCUCCCGCGGUCAAUGGAGCACCCCCAAAUCCACAAAAUCUAUACAAUAUGCUCGUCUUUUUCAAUCCGGCCGUGGGGGCAUUGCCACAACACGCUCAUUUGUUUGCCGAACCGGGAUGCUAUAAACCACCCCAAAAAGCGCCCGACGGGAAGCUGAUUCGAAAGAACCGAGAUUGUGGAGGACCCGCCAUAGAGGGGAUGAGUAGUGGAGAAGAAACGCCACUGCCGCCACAGUUCCAGCCAUUGCCCGUUCUGGAGGCCAAUCAACGCAAAUGGGAAGAACACAUACAAAAGUUUAUCAAGACAUCUGCUCCAGUAGCCGCCAAGAAUGCAUGA